AUGGCCAUGAGCCAGAUAAGGCAAUCACAAUCACCAAAUUCUGAAAAAUCAGAAGUUGGUUGGCAUGAGGAGAAUGGCACCAUCACUGCAUUAGAUGAAUGGUGGCAUGACAAGAUUAUGAUGAAUAAAGAUUUUGCAAAGUUUAGAGGAAAGCCUUUGCAAAACUAUGGGUUGAUGGAGAAGCUAUUCAGUGAUAUUUUAGCUACUGGAGUAUACACCUACACCCCUAAUUUUAGCCAUGUUCAUCAAAGUAUGGAUCCUAAUACUCAAGAAGAAGAUGUGGCUGAGUCAAGCAUAAGUAAUAGCAAUUUCGAGAGAUUGGUGACUGCAUUUGAGACUAGUUUGGGCACUUCACGCAUUGAAAAGUCUAGGAAUGAAAUUAAAGAGGCUAUCUCACACUUGAAAGAAUUACCUGGACUUGACAUUGAAGGGUCGAUGGUGAUAUUUGAGGCGCGAAAGAUGAUCAUGGAAGAUGAUGAGAAUUAUGUGGAGGAUGACAUUUAUGAAGAUGAUGAGAAUGAUCUGGAGGAUGACAUUAAUAAAGAGGAUGAUGAGAUUGAGAACAUGUAUGAGGACAUUCAGAAUAAUCAUAGAAAAUUGAUGCUAGCUGAAGCCUAUCAUUGCAUUGGUGUAAUAGAUGGGAUACAUAUCAAUGUUGUUUUAUCAGCAGACAAGAGAAAACUAUUUUAUGGUUGCGAGGGAUACACUACUCAAAAUGUUAUGGCUGCUUGUGAUUUCAAUUUGUGUUUCACAUAUUGCAUUGGUGGGUGGGAAGGAUUUGCACAUGAUACCCAUGUUUUUCUUGAUACCAUCCGUGAUGAGAGUAAGAAUUUCAAACGCCCAUCCAUGAUGAGAGUAAGAAUUUCAAACACCCAGAUUAUCCGAAUAUGA